UGAGUCCCGCAGGCCCCGCGUCGCCGCUGCACCCCCUGUCCACUCCGGUGGUCCCUGGUCCGGCAUGGCGCGCGCGGUGGGGCCCGAGCGGAGGCUGCUGGCCGUCUACACCGGCGGCACCAUUGGCAUGCGGAGUGAGCUCGGAGUGCUCGUGCCCGGGACAGGCCUGGCUGCCAUCCUGAGGACACUGCCCAUGUUUCAUGACGAGGAGCACGCCCGAACCCGCGGCCUCUCUGAGGACACCCUGGUGCUGCCCCCCGCCAGCCACAACCAGAGGAUCCUCUACACCGUGCUGGAGUGCCAGCCCCUCUUCGACUCCAGUGACAUGACCAUUGCUGAGUGGGUUCGCGUUGCCCAGACCAUCGAGAGGCACUACGAGCAGUACCACGGCUUUGUGGUCAUCCACGGCACUGACACCAUGGCCUUUGCUGCCUCGAUGCUGUCCUUCAUGCUGGAGAACCUGCAGAAGACCGUCAUCCUCACGGGGGCCCAGGUGCCCAUCCAUAUCCUGUGGAGCGAUGGCCGUGAGAACCUGCUGGGGGCAUUGCUCAUGGCCGGCCAGUAUGUGAUCCCAGAGGUCUGCCUCUUCUUCCAGAAUCAGCUGUUUCGGGGCAACCGGACGACCAAGGUGGACGCUCGGAGGUUCGCGGCCUUCUGCUCCCCGAACCUGCCGCCUCUGGCCACAGUGGGUGCUGACAUCACAAUCAACAGGGAGCUGGUGCGGAAGGUCGACGGGAAGGCUGGGCUGGUGGUGCACAGCAGCAUGGAGCAGGACGUGGGCCUGCUGCGCCUCUACCCUGGGAUCCCUGCUGCCCUGGUUCGGGCCUUCUUGCAGCCUCCCCUCAAGGGCAUGGUCAUGGAGACCUUCGGUUCAGGGAACGGACCCACCAAGCCCGACCUGCUGCAGGAGCUGCGGGUGGCGACCGAGCGCGGCCUGGUCAUCGUCAACUGUACCCACUGCCUCCAGGGGGCUGUGACCACAGCCUAUGCAGCUGGCAUGGCCAUGGCGGGAGCCGGCGUCAUCCCAGGCUUCGACAUGACAUCGGAGGCUGCCCUGGCCAAGCUGUCGUAUGUGCUGGGCCAGCCAGGGCUGAGCCUGGAUGACAGGAAGCAGCUGCUGACCAAGGACCUUCGGGGGGAGAUGACACCGCCCUCGGUGGAAGAGCACCGGCCCUCACUGCAGGGCAACACGCCGGGCCGUGGGGUCUCCUGGCUUCUCAGUCUGAGCGGCAGCCAGGAGGCAGAUGCCCUGCGGAAUGCCCUGAUGCCCAGCCUGGCCUGUGCUGCCGCCCACGCCGGUGACCUGGAGGCGCUGCAGGCGCUUGUGGAGCUGGACAGUGAGCUGGGCCUGGUGGACUUUAACGGCCAAACCCCACUGCACGCGGCCGUCCGGGGAGGCCACGCGGAGGCAGUCACCAUGCUGCUGCAGAGAGGUGUGGACGUGAACACCCGGGACACGGACGGCUUCAGCCCGCUGCUGCUGGCCGUGCGGGGCAGGCAUCCGGGUGUCAUUGGGUUGCUGCGGGAAGCCGGGGCCUCCCUGUCCACCCAGGAGCUGGAGGAAGCAGGGACGGAGCUGUGCAGGCUGGCAUACAGGGCCGACCUCGAAGGCCUGCAGGUGUGGUGGCAGGCAGGGGCUGACCUGAGGCAGCCGGGCUAUGACGGGCACAGUGCCCUGCACGUCGCAGAGGCAGCCGGGAACCUGGCAGUGGUGGCCUUUCUGCAGAGCCUGGAGGGUACGGUUGGUGCCCAGGCCCCAUGCCCAGAAGUGCUGCCUGGUGUCUAACCUGAAGCCAUCCUGCUGCAGUAUAAGCCAUUCCUUCCUCCCGUGACCUGCUGGAGGGGUCUCAGGCAUGACCCCACCCCUGGGGCUGCCUCCCAGCCUGCUCUCAUGCAAAGCCUGAAGGCCUUUGUUGGGCAGAAUGGCAAUAAAGUCUGGCAUCUCCUCA